GAAGUUCAACCUUCUCUCCAUAGCUGUGAAUCUUUAGCUUCCUAUAUAAACACCACACCCUCAUCUUUGAUUUGUGUCUGUCUUCUCUCUCACUGAUCUUAUUCACUCUCACCAUCUUUGCCCUUUGCUUUUUGGAAAGGAAAAUGGGUGCACUUACCUACAUCAUCUCCAACUUUUGCACAGUUCCAACCCCAAAGACCAAAACAAUGCAGACAGUCGAGAUCAAAGUCAAAAUGGACUGUGAUGGCUGUGAACGAAAAGUCAGAAAUGCAGUAGCCACAAUGAAAGGAGUAAAAUCUGUGGAGAUAAACCGAAAGCAAAGCAGGGUGACUGUGAACGGUUGUGUUGAUCCAAACAAGGUGUUGAAUAGGGUAAAGAGAACUGGGAAGAAAAGAGCUGAAUUUUGGCCCUAUGUUCCACAGCAUGUGGUGACAUAUCCUCAUGCCUCCGGCGUCUAUGACAAAAGGGCACCCUCCGGCUAUGUUCGAAACACGCAGACAUUUACACCUUCUGCUGCUGAGACAGAAGAGAAAUUCAUGUCCCUUUUCAGUGAAGACAACGUAAAUUCAUGUUCCAUCAUGUAAAAUGUAUAACGUAAGCAACAAUAUCUGACAGAAUGGAGAAACUAUAUUAGAUGAUGUUAUGAGAUACAACUUGGAUCAAUCUUUAUUAAUUCUAUGUUAUUAAUUACAUAUAAAAAUUUCUGAUUUCACACGGCU